UUUAAAGUAUUGUUGAAAAAUAGUAUAGUGUAUUCGGUAUUUUUGGGCUUUAAAUCGCAAAGAAUUGUUUAUUUUCAUUAAUUAAUGUUAUGUGGCUCUAAUAAUAUAUAUUUCUAAAAUUAGUACUUAAGUAUAAAACAAACAUUUUGGUUUAAAGUGCAUUUAAAGCCAGUUUUGAAAUAUAGUUGCUAAAUAUGUCAUUCUGUAUUUGUUUACGCCAGAUUUUAUUUAUUUUUGCGUCAAUAAAUGCCAUAUAUUUAAGUGUAUUUAUUGCAGAAUGUGAAAGCAAAACUGAACAAACUCAAGGUCUGGUAAACAUCCCUGUGGGUGGUAAUUUUACUACAAAGUGUUUUUCAAGUGACAAAAAUUCGACAUGGAAGUUCAAAGAAAAAAUCUUUGAUUUAAAUACAAGAUCAUCCGUAUCCACAGAAAAAAAUGAUAAUAACACCAAUGAGAUAUCAGAAAGGCAAGAAAUGUAUCAAAUAACGUUAUUUAUAUCAAAUAUACAAAUUUCGGAUGAAGGCUUGUAUACUUGCGAAUCCAUUGAAACUGGAUUAAUUACAAAAAUAUUCAUUCAGCCAUAUUUGAAACCACAUAUUAGAGAAGUAAAUGGACUAAAAGUGAAACAAAAAAUUGGAAAUCCGGUAAAAUUUUUUUGUGUUAUUGAAAUCUAUCCUCAAAAUUUGACAUUACAAAAACAACUUAAAUGGUUAAAAGAUGAAAAUGUAUUUGAUUUUCUCGAUCAAUCUUCAAAUAUAGAGAAAAUAAAUAUAACUCAUGUGAAUUUUACUCUAGAAUUAACAGAGGUUUAUAAAAAGGAAAAUGGCUCUUACGCAUGUGUUGUUUAUGCGUCAAAUGGUGAAGAAAUAACAAGGAAAAAUAUUGCUUUAUUGGUAAUGGAUGAGCCCAAAGUAAACAUUGAAUAUGUUAAAUCAGUAGGAGCUGGUAAAAUUUAUUUAAAUUGGACAGUUAAUAAUGGAAAUGAUCCAGUUCAGAAAUACUUUAUUCAAUACUUGCAAGAAGGAAAUCCUGAACUUAGAUAUUACAAAGACAUAAUUGGUGGUGGUAAUACGUCAUAUGUUCUCGAAAAUUUUUUUCCCAACACGAGUUACAUUUUACGUAUAUCGGCUAAGAAUAGUAUUGGUAAUGGAGACGCUUUCCAAUAUCCAUUUCCAGUAAGAACAUUAGAAAAGGACCCCAUUUUUAUACCAAAGGUAAAAACUACAGGAAGUACAGCAUCCACAAUAACUAUCGGAUGGGAUCCUCCACCUUUAGACUUAAUACCAUAUGUACAGUACUAUGAGCUUGUGGUAUCGGAGGCUGGCGAUGUUCCAAAAAUAGUUGAAGAAGCUGUAUAUCAGCAAAAUUCCAGGAAUCUUCCUUACAUGUUCGAUAAUUUAAAAACUGCAACGGAAUACGAGUUUAAAGUCCGUGCGUGCUGUGAUUUAACGAAGUUGUGUGGCCCUUGGUCAGACAUCGUUAACGGAACUACAAUGGAUGGUAUUGCUUCCAAACCUACAAACCUACAGGUUUUAUGCAUUAAUAAUAAUGUGUCAAAGAUAAAUACUGUAGAUGUCGCUUGGAUGCAUCCGGAGAAACCAAACGGAAAAGUAAUUUCCUAUCAAAUACAAUUGGAGGGAGUAGCUACUUAUAAAUUAAAUGGAAAAACUCAUAAUGAGACAUGGGGUCCAAAAAUAAGACGAAUUGAUGAGCCCAAUUAUCACACCACAUAUGAUGGUGUAGUUCCAAAUACAAAUUACACUGUCACAGUAUCAGCAAUAACCCGCCAUCGAAAAACAGGAGAAUCAGCUAUUGGAAAAUGUACAAUGCCUGUUUCAGUGCCUGAAUCAAUAAGUCGUAUCAUGUGGACUAAAGUACGCAUAAACAGUGAAAAAUGUGUUCUCAAGGCAUUUAUACCUAGAGUUAGUGAAAGAAAUGGGCCAAUAUGCUGUUAUAGAUUAUAUUUAAUACGAAUGAAAAAUAAUAAUGCAGAACUGCCGCCUCCAAGUAAACUUAAUAUCUCCAAUUAUCAUGAAGUACAUGGUCCAAAUAAUACAAUGGGAGGUGUGUACCUUGCCGAAAUGUUUUCAGGUAACAAUUUUAAAUCAGAAAUAUUUCUUGGCGAUGGAAAGCGUUAUUUUGAACACGAUGGCUUAAAAGCAGAUGAUAUGGAUAAGGAUUGUAAUCAAUGUGUGGAUGAAAAACUUUAUUCAGAGAAAACUCCAUUAAAUCUUCCGGCAUUUAAUACAAUUUCUUUAAACUAUUCUGUAUCAAGUGACAACGAUGGAAACAUGGGAACAAAUCUAACUGAGGAAUCAUCGCAAAUCCUUGCUACGAAAAAAAUUAGUAAUUUUAAAGUAAUGAACGGAAAUGGCGAGAAUUUUGCAAGCACUAAAGCAUCAAACGAAAGAGUAGCAUUAAAGGGUGCAUAUGAAGUAUAUGAUGGUGAAAUUGAUAUGAACAGCAACUAUACUGGAUAUCUGGAAGUUAUAGUCCGGAACGAAACUUCAUUUUUAAGAGCCUACAGUAACUAUUUUGAAGUUAUUACACCAGGCAUUUCAGCGGAACAAUUGUUUAUUCAAGAUGAUGUAGCUGCAAUAUUGAAUAUAGUAAUUCUGUUUCUGGCAAUUUUAAUUGGAAUUGUAUUGGUGUUUUUACUGAUAUUAUGUUUCGUUUACCGAGUGAAUACCAAAAAUACUGGAAGCGCAGAGGAAGUUAUUAGUUUAAGAGAUUCUUUAAGCCGGGUGCUUUUUGGCGGUAGAGCAAAUAGCCACAGACAUUUCAUUGGAACUGCUAAUGGAAAAGUUGCUGACAUUGGACCUAUACAUAAAUCGGAUUUAUAUAUGGCAUAUAAAAAUCGACACAAAGAUACGGAUUAUGGAUUUUUACGAGAGUAUGAAAUGCUACCAAAUCGUUUUAGUGAUAGAACUACGAAAAAUUCGGACUUAAAAGAAAAUGGACCUAAGAAUCGAUAUCCUGAUAUUAAAGCUUACGACCAAACAAGAGUAAAACUAUCGCAAAUAAAUGGCAUUCAUGGAUCUGAUUACAUCAAUGCAAAUUUUGUGAUUGGUUACAAAGAAAGAAAAAAGUUCAUUUGUGCACAAGGACCCAUGGAUUCCACCAUAAAUGAUUUUUGGCGAAUGAUAUGGGAACAACACUUAGAAAUUAUUGUAAUGUUAACUAAUCUUGAGGAAUAUAAUAAAACAAAAUGUUCAAAAUAUUGGCCUGAAAAAAUUAUGGAUUUGAAACAAUAUGGAGAUAUUACUGUCAAAUUUGUUUCAGAAAAAAAGAAUGGUGAUUAUUUAGUCAGGUCCUUGGACAUAUUUAAGAGAAAUUCUGUCAAUGAGGAGGAAGAAGAAAGCAGACAGAUUACACAAUAUCAUUAUUUAGUUUGGAAAGAUUUUAUGGCGCCUGAACACCCACAAGCGUUAAUAAAGUUUAUUCGCCAUAUAAAUGCAGUGUAUUCAGUACAGCGCGGUCCAAUAUUAGUUCAUUGCAGUGCUGGCGUAGGGCGAACUGGUACAUUGGUAGCAUUAGACUCUUUAUUACAGCAGUUAGAUGAAGAGUCCCAAGUUUCAAUUUUUAAUACUGUUUGUGACCUACGCCAUCAACGAAACUUUCUUGUACAGUCUUUGAAACAAUACAUAUUUUUGUAUCGAGCUUUAUUAGAUACUGCACAUUUAGGCAUUACCGAAAUAAAUGCUGUUGGUUUGUCAAAUGCGAUUGAAAAUCUUAAAUCAAAAGCUGAAGACGAAAGAGAAAAGUGCAAAUUGGAAAUAGAGUUUGAAAAACUGCAGACAAUAAACGAUGAAACUAACAAAUCAUGUUCUGUGGGAAGCAGCGAACACAACUUGUUAAAAAAUAGAAGUGAUCUGGUUAUUCCUUAUGAUCGGAAUCGGGUUAUCUUGUCACCACUACCACAUAAGGAAAAUUCAACUUAUAUAAACGCAUCAUUUAUUGAAGGAUAUGAUAACUCCGAAAACUUUAUUAUCACUCAAGAUCCGUUGGAAAAUACAAUAGAAGAUUUCUGGAGAAUGGUAUCGGAGCAAAGCAUUACUACUAUAGUUAUGUUAUCUGAGAUUGGCGAAGGAACUAGAAGAUGUCCUCGAUACUGGGCAGAUGAUGAAAUUCAAUUCGAACACAUUCUUGUGAAAUACAUGCAAAGUGAAAGUUGCCCUUAUUAUACUAGAAGAGAAUUUAAUGUAACAAAUUGUAAAAUCAAUGACACUAUACAUGUCACACAAUUUCAAUAUAAUGGAUGGCCAACGGUAGAAGGAGAAGUACCAGAAGUUUGUCGUGGUAUAAUAGAAUUAGUUGAUCAAGCAUUAAGUCACCACAGCAAAGAAAAAAAUGUUGGUUGCAAAUCUCCCCUUACUGUUCAUUGCAGUUUUGGCACAGAUCGAAGUUCUAUAUUUGUUGCUAUGUGUAUAUUAGUACAACAGUUAAGGACUGAAAAAUGUGUGGACAUUUGCACAACUACCAGGAAAAUUAGGUCGCAAAGACCACGGCUUAUUGACACUUACGCACAAUACGAGUUCCUACAUAGAGCUAUAGUCAACUACGCAGAUCUUCAUAAGUUAUCCGAAUAAACAUGUCCCAGGAGAAGUCAUUGACAUCAAUUAUAUAAGGAGCCAUAUUUUGCAUAUUAAAAAGCUACUAUUUAAGAACUUCUAACCACAUAUUGUAUAAAAUGUCUUAAGUUAAUUUUGUAAAAUUACCAUAAUAUAUUCUACAUUAUUGUAGAUAACAUACAUACAUAAUAAGCAAGUAACCAAAGGACAAUUGAGUGUAAAAUUUUAUAUGUAAAUCUAAUAAAAAUGUUUGAUACCA